AUGGCAAAUAAUCAGGGAGGUCGAUUUCAAGUCUUGUCAUUCCCUGGAGAUCGAUCUUCCAGCGGCCGCGUCCAGAAUUACAAGCGUCGAAAACUGCAUCACAAGUCGCAAAAGGGAUGCUUGACAUGCAAGAGACGCCGAAUCAAGUGCGAUGAACAAACGCCGACAUGUCAGAACUGUGUCAAGCACGGCGCGAAAUGUACAUACACCCUGCUAGUGUCGCCUCAAGCAGACCGGGAUCUCCGCAAAAAGGUUCCCUUGAAUUGGUUCCCUAAUCUUGAUUCGAACUUGUUCAACUAUUUCAUCGAGUCGGUCGUGAAGACCAUGAUGCCACUGUCCAGCUGGGGAAUGGCCGCCCAGAAUGUCGUCUACAUCGCUGUAGAGGAGCCACUUGCCAUGCACUCUGUCCUUGCGGCGUCGGGGUGUCAUUACAGGUAUCAUUUAAAAUCACCGCGAGACCGAUGCCUGAGUGAAACAUAUCAUUCAAUGCAAGCCUGCUCCGGCUUAAGGCGGUGCCUAGAAAUGCAGCAGGUAGACAAAGUCGACGCCGCCAUCACGACCUCGAUGUUUCUGGGAUCCAUCUCCUUUGCCGAUCUGGAAGACGAUUUCCAAGUACCCUUGAAAGAUCGCCGGAAGCCCUUCUCCUGGCUCGGCAGCCAACUUGGUCUCGGCUCGAUCUUGACAUUGUUCAAAUCUAAAUCCAACGUGCAGGACAGCAUGUGGAUCAACACCUUGGAACCAACAGCGGAAACUGUUCUGCACCUACUAGACGACGGGCUACCGGGCACCGCGGCCACCGACGGUCUCCCAGAUGAGUUCGCUACCAUUUUCGGGGUUUGUGAAACUUCUGGCCCCUUGACCAACUCCCACCACAAGGUUCUUCGCAGACUGUGCCGCCUCUUACCUAUUGUUCCCGAAAAUGAAGUGGCCCUCCUACAGUACAUGCAGUUCGUGGAGGUCAUUUCUUCACAAUUUCUUCAUCUCCUCAACUCUCUCGAUACGCGAGCCCUCUUGCUUGUAUCGUACUGGCUUGCCCUCCUGUGCGCCGAGGACUGCUGGUGGACACGUCGACGCGCUCAGAAUGACUGCUGGGCGAUCUGUGAACACAUUGAACAAACUGGGGACAAAUCUCUAUGGAGGUAUAUGGAUUUCCCGGCCGCGGCCUGUGGCUACCCUUACACCGGUGACGCGCCAGCCGGGCAGCGGUUGGUCGAGUGGUUCCGAGGUGAUCAACUUCAGAGUUCAGAUUUAUAUCCUGCCAGCACCAGUAGCAACGACCCUGGUAAAGAUUUGGCAAGCAAUCUUCUUGCAGCCAAAUAA